AUAGUUUCUGUUUUUAUACGACAACGACGUACACAAAUAUAAAGCCCGAUCGGAUGAAGAAAAAAGAAACUAGCAAUACAAGUUUAAUGAUGAAUGACGACAUUUUAUAAAAUCAGAAUUAUAAGUUUUUGAUUAAAUCGUAUUCUAAUUUAUAGUUUGAUGCAUAGAUAGAGAUCAGAUUCGAUGGACAUAUAGUAAAUCACUCAUUAGGAUUUACAUUUAUUUAUUAACACUUUAGUGUGUAUUCUUCGCCUGCUUUUUUGUGUGUCACUUGCCAAACAAGUGCUAUUUUUAUUGUGCCCGUAAUCAGUAAUUAAUUUUUUUUACAAUUGAAUUGGACGACGUGUGUGUGCAAACUCAUUAUUUUUUGUGCUAAAAAAAAUGUAAAUACGGACUUUCUAUAGAAAAUAGUUUUUUUUUGUUCUUGCUCACAGUUGAGUGUUUUUUUUUAUAAGAACAAAAACAAAUGUUUUUUGACGCUUUUUAAAUCGAUAUCGAAAAUUCGGAACAAAAUGCUUGGUCGAUUUAACGAAGCACUUCAGACAGCAGCUGAAGUUCUAGCGCCGCCGCCAACCCCAUUACAAAAUUUGGAAUAUCAUUGGAAACAUGUGAAAAACUUUUAUGCAGAAAACAAAAUAAUGCCCAAAGUUCAUAUUGAGAACACAAAUUUGACCGUACAUCUAGAGGAAAUGCUUAAAUUGAUAAUCGAAGAAGAUUGCAAAAUUAACGAGGACGUACAAAUUACAAAUUGUGAACUUUCAACGCCAUUUAAAUCAAUGUGCAGUGGCAGUUACGUGUCGAAAGAAUGUUUUGAUUUUGUCCUUACGAACCGGCCGCUUGACUUACUCGUCGAUAUUUGUCGCUUAGAUUCACCAAUUGGCGCCACUGGCUGCGUUUUACCUUGGAUGCGUCGAUUUCUAACGUGUUUGCAACAGCCUAGAUUAGAUCAUAAAAGUAUUUUACAACCAAUACAGAAAUUAAUAGCCUAUUGUAGUAGUGCGGCUGGUCAUGCCAGUCCAUAUGAGCAAGAAGAAAUUGUGUUUCUUUUGAAUGUGGCCGGUGUUAUUCGGAAAGAACCACUUUUGCUCCACCUAUUUUUGCCGGCACAUGAGCAUUCGUGGGCAGUUGCGUCACUCAAUCCUUUGCUUGGAAUGAGAGCUCCGGUGAAAAAUCCGCUAUUUGAACAUGCAAAAUUGGAAUCGCAAGUUAGACAAGUAUCACUGCUACAAGAUAGAACAAUUGACACAUCUGAGCAAGAUGAAACAGAUAAAGCCGUUCAGGAACCAUCAAAAUUAAACAUGCAAGACUAUACUGAUAUUGGCUGUGACUGUACGGAAAAUGAUUCAUUCAUUUUGCUCAACACUGUUUUGAGAUACAUUGAUAGUGCGGAUAGCGUUGUUGUCGUACGAGCAUGUGAAGCUGCACUUAUUUUAAUGUCAUUACCGUCGAUCGGAAUUAAAUGCAAUGCACAAAAGUCAUCAUUUCACAUGUUUGCAAAACAAUUGAGCCAAAAGCUCGCAUUUUUAUGCCAAGAAAUUCCAGAGGACAUGGAUACUGGCGAAAUCGAAGACUGCGUCUCAUAUUGGGGUUUAUUACCACGUGAUUCAGAAGCACAAUAUUUUAUCGGAAAACCGCAACUUAUGGAAUUCCUAUGUUGGUUGGACUAUGCAAAUCGAGUGGCCAAAGAAUGCGGAGUUUCGGAAAUUGUACAACAUUUGGCUGAAAACUUUCGAGUUAACUUAUUCGAACUGAGCAUCGAACCAAUGAUUUCCAUUCUGGACACCAGCAUUGUUGGUUUCAUGCUAGUCUUGAUGGCAAAAAUUAUUCGACAAACUGAUGCCCCGAUCUUCAAUGAUCAGCUAGCAACUUGGCUGGUCGGUUCACCGAUUGUUGUGGACGGUGACGAUUUAGCUGUGAGUACUAUUGAAAAUACACCGACAAUAAAUCAUACUGAUUGCUUACUGAACAUUAUCAUCGAAAAUGCCCAAGAUAAUCAAGACAUAUUGUUGCCAACACUUCAAUUUGUUGAGGCAUUGCUUGAUAAUCCGAACGCCCGUAUUUUGCAUAAUAUGCUAUUUCGAUAUCUUGAAACGCGGGGCUACUACGAUAGAAAUGCGGUAUCAACGAUUCAAACCUGGUCUGAUGAAGAAGAUGAACGGGAAAAACACCGCUCCAGUGCAUCGGAAGCAAUUAAAUCGGUUACUUUGAAGCCAAAUAACAUCUUAAAAGUCAUCAAUAAUUUCUUGCUGUUGCUUCCACGACAAAUCAUCAGCGAUAGCAUUGGAACAUGCUAUGAAGAAUACGUACAAGAUGCUAAUCGACACUACAAGAACUGGAUUGCAAAAACGUCCCAAUUUGAUUGGCCCAUCGAGGCUGUUUGUCGUUCAAAAGAAGAUGAUUAUGAUUUGCAGUCACCUGAAUCGCCGCCGCCAAUUUUAUUGCCCACAGCUCCAGCAUGUAAUGAUAAAUUACAAUCGAUUUUUCGAUUAUUUGUUGAUUAUUCGUUCUUUUCUUUUGUGAUUCUCUCCUUAGGUAAAUUACACUCAUGCGACAGUGGCAUUGCUGUUGAACAGUUUUAUGAAGGGCCCUUGUUGCGCUUAUUAUUUCUACAUGUCAAAGAUAUGGCCAAGUUUCCGUACGAAUUGAAUAUUGCAGUGAUUGCGAUUUUAUCGAAAUUGUCCUUUUUUCCACAUCCAUAUUUGCAUGAGAUUCUACUGAAUCCAGAAUUGCCUGUAGCUCGAAGCACAAAUACGCUCUGGAAUAGCAUGCAAACUUUAGCACGACACCUCCUUCUCGAAAUACCACGCAUCGAAGGAUUUCAGAAGCGAAUCACCGAAACAGCGAAACGUUUACUUAUCAAUCCACCAAUUAUGAGUGAAUCGUACGAAGACCAUGAUCAUCUUUUCGAAAGUUUAGUAGCGUUGGAGGAAUUUUGUAAAGAGCUUGCGGCUAUUGCUUUCGUAAAAUAUCACCAUGCAACCGAAUAAGUGCAAUCUGUAUGAAAAUUUAUCGAACGAUACAAGAGAAUGAUAUGAUUGAGCCUUUACUUAUUAGCCAAAUGUAAUUUUUAUUCUUUCUAUUAUGUAAACGUAAGCUUUUCCUUGUUCUAGUCAUAUGAAACCUUAUUAAUUUUGUGAUUGAAUAAAAGACAUCCAUUUCAAAUCGAAUAAAA